GGGCCGCAAAGCCAAACGCGGCCCUGGGGUGCCCCCAGCCCGCGCCAUUGGGCCCGCGACCGUCGCCGCUCCUGUGCCCGCAGUGAUCCUUGCUGUGACCUCCACGGCCAGCCCCCCUGUCCCCGGAUCGCGCAUCAGUCAUACGGACAGCAGCUCGGACCUCUCGGACUGCCCCUCCGAACCCCUAUCGGAUGAGCAGCGCCUGCUCCCUGCCGCCAGCAGCGACGCGGAGUCGGGCACCGGCUCCAGCGAUCGGGAACCCCUACGAGGAGUCCCGGCGAAGAGCCCCGCAGCCCGUGGAGUGCCGCCAGGGAGCCCCGAGCCCGCUGCACUACUUGCCGCGCCCCCUGCCGCCGGAGCUUUCUUCGGGGGUCGGAACAGCCCGGGUGGGGUCUCCACGGGCUCCCCGGGGCUCGGCGGCACGGAGGAUGCCGGCGUGCGCGCGCCGCCAGAGAGAGCGGUCCCUGGGAUCCCCAAGGAGCCCGGCUUGGGCGAGCAGCCCCGGCUGAUACCAGCGGUGGAGGAAGAGGAGCUGCUGAGGGAGAUGGAGGAGCUGCGCUCGGAGAACGACUAUCUCAAGGAUGAGUUGGAUGAACUUCGUGCUGAAAUGGAAGAGAUGAGGGACAGUUAUUUAGAGGAAGAUGUUUACCAGCUGCAGGAACUUCGGCGAGAACUGGACCGUGCUAAUAAAAACUGCCGAAUCCUGCAGUACCGCCUCAGGAAAGCCGAGCAGAAAAGCCUGAAAGUGGCUGAGACAGGUCAAGUGGAUGGUGAGCUUAUCCGAAGUCUGGAACAAGACUUAAAGGUAGCCAAAGAUGUAUCUGUUAGAUUGCACCAUGAACUUGAAACUGUGGAGGAAAAGCGUUCUAAAGCCGAAGAUGAAAAUGAAACUCUCCGACAAAAGAUGAUUGAAGUGGAAAUAUCCAAACAGGCCCUUCAAAAUGAGCUGGAGAGAUUGAAAGAGAGUUCCCUGAAAAGAAGAGGCAGUCGGGAAACGUACAAAGAAAAGAAAACCUUUAACCAGAGUGGUGGAACGGAGCGCCUUGAGAACUGCAGGUCUGCGACCAAAACUCAAAGGAAACUGGCACCCUGGCGCAAGGAUGACAGUGCCGAUUUGAAGUGCCAGCUUCAAUUUGCCAAAGAGGAAGGUUCCCUGAUGCGCAAAAAGAUGGCCAAGCUGGGGAGGGAGAAGGACGAGCUGGAGCAGGAGCUCCAAAAGUACAAGGCCCUGUAUGGCGACGUGGACAGCCCCCUGCCCACAGGGGAGGCUGGCGGCCCGCCCAGCACCAGGGAGGCUGAGCUGAAGCUGAGGCUGAAGUUGGUGGAGGAAGAAGCCAACAUCUUGGGUCGGAAGAUCGUGGAGCUGGAGGUGGAGAACCGAGGCCUCAAAGCAGAGAUGGAGGACAUGAGGGGUCAGUGUGAGCGAGAGGGUCCAGGCCGGGACCGCACCCCGAGCAUUCCUACCUCACCCUUCGGCGACUCCCUGGAGUCCUCGACGGAGCUCCGCCGACACCUGCAGUUUGUGGAGGAGGAAGCGGAGCUGCUUCGAAGGUCCAUAUCUGAGAUUGAGGACCACAACCGGCAGUUGACUCACGAGUUGAGCAAGUUCAAGUUUGAGCCUCGGCCAGAGCCAGGGUGGCUGGCGGAAGGCGGGGGCAAGGGUGGGGUCCCCCUGCAGGAGGAGCUGAAGUCUGCCCGGCUGCAGAUCAGCGAGCUGAGUGGGAAGGUGUUGAAGCUGCAGUAUGAGAACCGGGUGCUGCUGUCCAACGUCCAGCGCUACGACCUGGCUGCCCACCUGGGCCUGCAUGCCCCAAGCCCCCGUGACAGCGACGCCGACAGUGACACGGGCAAGAAGGAGAGCGAUGGGGAGGAAGGCCGCCCGCCUCAGCCCAAGCGGGAGGGACCCAUUGGCGGUGAGAGUGACUCGGAAGAGAUGUUUGAGAAGACCUCGGGCUUCAGCAGUGGAAAACCAUCGGAAGCCAGUGAGCCAUGUCCGGUGGAGGUCCUGAGGGCCAGGGAGGACUCUGAGUGCUUGGUGAGCAUAAAGCACGAGGCUGAGCGGCUGGAGCGGACCAUGGAGAGCCUCAUCAUGGACACUGAUGGCUUUGUGGAUGACGUGGCCUCGCCAGGGCCUGGUGUCCAGGGGGAGGGUGGAAAGAAGGAGUCCCAGCUGUUGGGGACCAUCAACGCUAGGAUGAAGGCUUUCAGGAAGGAGCUCCAGGCCUUCCUAGAGCAGGUGAACAGGAUUGGGGACGGCCUGAGGGAGCGCCUGGAAGGCCUGUCCCCCUUGCCCCACCUCACAGAGUCUUCCAGCUUCCUCUCCACCGUGACCUCCGUGUCCCGGGACUCCCCCAUCGGGAACCUUGGGAAGGAGCUGGUCCCGGACUUGCAGUCCAAACUGAGAGAUCAGAUGGAGUGGCAGCUGGGUCAGGAGCGAGGGGACGAGCGGGAGCACCUGCACCUCCGAGCCGCACGGGAGCUGCACCGCCGAGCCGACGGGGAUGUCAGGAGCUGCCGCCUGGGAGGCCAGAGCUGUUUCAAUCUCGAGCUCAGGGGCCCCCCUGUUUUACCUGAACAGAGUGUAUCGAUAGAGGAGCUACAGGGUCAGCUUGCACAGGCGACCAGACUGCAUCGAGAGGAGACAGAGAAAUUUACAAACAAGAUGCGAAAGAUGGAGGAGGAGCACCUCUGUGCCUUGAGGUGGAAAGAACUGGAAAUGCACAGCCUAGCUUUGCAGAACACCCUCCAUGAGCGAACCUGGACUGAUGAGAGGAAUCUGAUGCAGCAGGAGCUCCGGUCUUUGAAGCAGAAUAUUUUCCUUUUCUACGUCAAACUCAGGUGGCUGCUGAAGCACUGGCGGCAAGGGAAACAGAUGGAGGAGGAAGGAGAGGAUUUCACUGAGGGUGAGCAUGCAGAGCCCCUCCCCAGACUUGGUGAGCUUGGAAUCCAGGGGGACCCAAACGGGGAUGGCCCAGACCAAGACGAUAAUGAUCUGGGCUGCUCUUCGAUGCGGGAGCAUUCUCCGCACUCUCCUGUGCAGAUCGGCGACCAGGGAUGUCGGCUGCAGUCUGCAGAUGGAGGGCAGUUCCACAGGCAGAUGGUGGAAAACCAGCAGCUGUUCGGCGCACUGAAGACCUUGCUGGAGGACUUGCGCUUGGAGCUGCAGGAGGACGAGCACGCUCGGCUGCGGCUGCAGCAGCAAUACGCCAGCGACAAGGCUGCCUGGGACGUGGAGUGGGCUGUGCUCAAGUGCCGCCUGGAACAGCUGGAAGAGAAGACUGAGAAAAACUUUGGAGAACCAGGUUCUACCACGGACAACAAAGGGGCAUUUAAGAAGGAGAGGGAGACACAUCAGAAGCUCCUCGCUGACAGUCAUGGCCUGGUCAUGGAACUGCGCUGGCAGAUCCAUCACAGUGAGAAGAACUGGAACCGGGAGAAGGUGGAGCUUCUCGACCGCCUGGACAGAGAUCGGCAGGAGUGGGAACAACAAAAGAAGGAACUCCUGUGGAGAAUAGAACAGUUGCAGAAAGAAAACAGUCCCCGGAGAGGUGGCAGUUUCUUCUGUGAUCAAAAAGAAGGCAACAUGCGCCCCUUCGCCCCCCCGGGGAGCCCCCGUGUGCCUCGUCUGGUGGGGAUGUGGCCCUGCACCGACGCAGACCCCACCCCGUUUGAAGACAGGCCACUGUCCAAGCUGAAGGAGUCCGACAGGUGCUCAGCCCGGGAGAACCUCUACUUGGACGCCCUGACCCUGGAGGAGGAUCCAGAGGAGGCUGCGGCCCGCGGACCCCAGAGGGAGCUCAGGAGCUGCCUCCCCGAGGAAGAAGAAAAUCACAAGGGAAAUCUUCAAAGGGCGGUGUCCGUGUCCUCCAUGUCUGAGUUCCAGCGCCUGAUGGACGUCUCUCCCUUCCUGCCAGAGAAAGGCCUGCCCACUGCCAGCAGCAAGGAGGAUGUCACUCCACCCCUGUCCCCUGACGACCUGAAGUACAUCGAGGAGUUCAACAGCAAGAGCUGGGACGAGAGGCCCCCAGACCCCUGGGCAGAUAGGACCGAGGGAGGGCGGGUGGGGAGCGAGGCCAGCACCGAGCCUUUCCCUGACUCUUCCUGGUACCUCACCACAAGCGUCACCAUGACCACGGACACCAUGACCAGCCCAGAGCACUGCCAGAAGCAGCCCCUGCGGAGCCACGUCCGCACCGAGCCGUCUGGGGUGCGGGUGCUGCAUAGCCCGCCUGCGGUCCGCAGGGUGGACACCAUCAUGGUGGCAGGCGGUGAGGGCUUGGGCCGGGCGGAGCCCGAGGGCCCAUUUUCCACAAGCAGAGCCAGAGGGGGCAUGGGAGACACAAAGGGGGGGCCCUCAGAACACAUACUUAGCAGGUGGCCUUGCGCUCCCUCCAGGCACCCCCGAGACUAUGGGGAAGGAGGGUUGCACCCCCUUGAUAGUGCCCUCUGCACCCCCCUGGGUUUCCCCUCCCCAUUGCAUAGCCUGGAGAUGUCCAAGAACAUGAGUGAUGACAUGAAGGAGGUGGCCUUCUCUGUCAGGAAGGCCAUCUGCUCUAGUUCCCCUGACCCCCGGGGGGUCAAAGACAUGGCCUGCCAGACUAACGGGUCCCGGACGACUGGGACACAGACCAUCCAGACCAUCAGCAUCGGCCUGCAGACCGAAGCUCUGCGUGGCAGUGCCAUCACCAGCAGCCCCCACAAGUGUCUCACACCAAAGGCGGGGGGUGGUGCCACUCCCGCAUCGUCUCCGUCCCGCGGCCUUAGGAGCAGGCAGGUGGCCCCUGCCAUCGAGAAGGUACAGGCCAAGUUUGAACGCACAUGCUGCUCCCCCAAGUAUGGAUCUCCUAAGCUGCAGAGGAAGCCCCUCCCCAAAGCUGACCAGCCAAAUAACAGGACCUCGCCGGGGCUGGCCCAGAAGGGGUGCAGCGAGUCGGCCUGGGCCCGCUCCACCACCACACGGGAGAGCCCCGUGCACACAGCCAUCAACGAUGGCCUCUCCAGCCUCUUCAACAUCAUCGACCACAGCCCUGUGGUGCAGGACCCCUUUCAGAAAGGGACACGGGCUGGGAGUCGGUCUCGCUCAGUAGAACCCCAGCAGGAGCUGGGCCCAGGCCAGGACACCGGCCCCAGUUCCCGGGGACAGUCACCCAGCCCCAUCGGGGUUGGCUCAGAGACUUGUAGGGAGGAAGGGGGAGAGGGGACACCUGUGAAGCAGGACUUAUCCGCUCCCCCUGGCUACACGCUCACUGAGAACGUAGCCCGGAUCCUCAACAAGAAGCUGCUGGAGCAUGCCUUAAAGGAGGAGAGGAGGCAGGCCCCCCAUGGCCUCCCAAGUCUUAACAGUGACAGCCACAUGGGAGAAACGGUCAAAGCUGAACCAGGGUCCAUCGAGGAACUACCUUGUUCCGCACUAGCUCCAUCCCUAGAACCCUGCUUCUCCAGGCCCGAGAGACCAGCAAACCGUCGCCCUCCAUCCCGUUGGGCCCCACAUUCCCCCACUGCCUCACCGGCUCAGUCACUCGGAGACCCGACCUCUUUGGAGGCCAUCGGCGAUGAGGAGCCACCCGAGGAGAAGCUACUACACCUGUGACAUGAUGCAAAGUUUGCAUGGAUUAUCACAGAAUAAUUCACUGUAAUUUGCAUAACCGCGCCAUCAUCAUCAACCAAACUCCGCCCAACAGGAUCUAGUUUUCUCAAGGUCAAAGAAUGUUUUCUAAAAAACACAGCUGCGAAUGUUCAACCUGUGAACCUGAGAUGUUUCUAGAAUGAAACAGUAAAUGUGCCUGUAAUAACUUAAUUUUUUUCAUAGCUCAGAAAACUAUUUUUGUCUCCAUCUUUUUUACACACAAUAUAUUAAACACAAAAGGUAAAUAAGAUAUAAAUACAUUUAAAAAAAUAAAAGUUUUAAAGAUGUACAUUUUAAGAGAUUCUGAACACCCCUACUCUCAAUACUGACUGCCUCUCUGUUAAAUUUGCACUGUUACAUUUUGGUUUGGUUUAUUUCCAUGUCGAAUUAGAGUGUUUUAAGUUAAUUUUAUUUUGUCAGUGUUUUUGGUUUUUAAGAAUUUUUGACAUGCUUCAGACUGUCUGACUCAGUCAGUGAACUUUUUGUAGUGAAAAAGCCACGAAGCCAGUAGACAAGACAGAUGUCCUAUAUACAGGAGAGGAUACAUGUCAGCAUUUCGGAAAAGGUACAGAGUCCUCAGCUGGGCUUACCAAAUUCUCUGUAUAAUCCACAUAUUCUACUCGACUUGCACGUCUUCAGGUUCAAAGCACUGGGGUGCAUGUACAUACGGCUACCGUGGUCUUCCCGUCGCCUGAGUGUGAGUCUGUCUCACUGUGACACGUGAAAUCCCUCGUACUGUACUUUUGUUGUCCUCUUGCAUUGAUGAUAAAACAGCAAUGGCAUUUUGAAAUUAUUGUUAAACGAUUAACUGGCAAUAUGCAGUGUUUACUCGAAAUUUUCUGUUUAAGGAAAAAUACUACAAAAAGUCGUGAGGAUACCAAAUUGAAGCAAAGGAUGGUGCCUCUGAGUCUGUAUGAGACUAUGAUGAAGUAGAAAUAAAGCCUUUACAAGAUGGCAA